UAUCUUUCUCGCCUGUCCGAGUGGGACUGAAGCCAAUAUUGGCAAGUAUAAGAUGGUUUCACCUUUGGAGUGUGUGUAUUUAAUAUUAAAUUAUCAUAUCCCAAGUUUAAAUAACUUCUCGCUUGCACCACACUCUGCUCUUAUCCAUCAUCAGCUUAAGCUGAGAUUCUGUUUUCAAGUACACGGAGGGAGCACAAACUUUGCAAGGGAAAGAUGGAUUACUUUAAUGCGCCUGGGAGGAACCAUCUCUUUGUUCCUGGACCAGUCAAUAUCCCUGAACAAGUCCUUCGUGCAAUGAACAGAAACAAUGAGGACUACCGCUCUCCUGCCAUUCCCGCUAUGACAAAGACCUUACUUGAGGAUGUCAAGCAGAUCUUUAAGACUACUUCAGGAACCCCGUUUCUUUUCCCAACCACAGGUACUGGUGCUUGGGAAAGUGCAUUGACAAACACGCUCUCUCCUGGAGAUCGAACUGUGUCUUUUCUCAUUGGUCAGUUCAGUUUGCUUUGGAUCGACCAACAAAAACGCCUCAACUUUAAUGUUGAUGUUGUUGAAAGUGACUGGGGACAGGGUGCAAAUCUUGAAGUCUUGGCAUCAAAACUUGCAGAAGAUACUGCACACACUAUCAAAGCUAUCUGUAUUGUGCACAAUGAGACAGCAACUGGUGUUACCAACAACUUGGCUACAGUUAGAAAAAUUCUUGAUCACUACCAGCAUCCAGCACUUUUUCUUGUUGAUGGUGUAUCCUCUAUAUGUGCACUUGAUUUCCGCAUGGAUGAGUGGGGGGUAGAUGUGGCUUUAACCGGCUCCCAGAAAGCUCUCUCUCUUCCCACUGGAUUGGGAAUUGUUUGUGCAAGCCCGAAAGCUCUUGAAGCAACCAAAACCGCAAAAUCAGUCAGAGUUUUCUUCGACUGGAAUGACUACUUAAAGUUCUAUAAGAUUGGAACAUACUGGCCAUACACUCCUUCCAUCCAACUGUUAUAUGGGCUGAGAGCAGCACUUGAUCUUAUUUUCGAGGAAGGACUUGACAAUGUAAUUGCAAGGCACACUCGCCUUGCGAAAGCAACAAGGCUUGCUGUGGAGGCGUGGGGGCUGAAAAACUGCACUCAGAAGGAAGAAUGGUUUAGUGACACCGUUACUGCAGUUGUGGUACCUCCAUACAUUGAUAGUUCAGAAAUUGUCAGAAGGGGAUGGAAACGAUACAACUUGAGCUUAGGACUCGGACUUAACAAAGUUGCAGGAAAGGUUUUCAGGAUAGGUCAUCUAGGAAACCUAAAUGAGUUGCAACUGCUGGGCUGUCUUGCAGGUGUGGAGAUGAUCCUGAAGGAUGUCGGUUACUCGGUCCAGCUUGGCAGUGGAGUUGCUGCUGCUUCAGCAUACUUACAGAACAGCAUGCCUAUGAUUCCAUCCAGGAUCUGAGUUGCAAGAUCAAUAAUUGUAGUAACUACAUUAAAUCAUUUUCUGCAGAAAUACUGUAAAAAAAUACUUCAUGUUCUGUGCCAGUGGCAGUGGUCUGUAUUAGGCUUGCUACUUUAUCUUGAACAUUGCUUCUUGCAUUGAUCUGUAUCAACAUCUUAUAUAAAACUAUUAUUAUAUCUCUCA